AUGUUACAUGAAAGAUCUACCGUAAAGGUUAGAGGAGACGGAUGGCGAGACAUGCAUCAAGGAGAACAGAGGAUCAAUAGCUGCUGUUUUAAAAGAGACCUUAACCACGAGGCCUCUCCUGAGGAGGUCGGAGAAAUGAACUCACUAAGUCUCAGCUUGUUCGUGCUCUGUACAGUGUCAUUAUUUUUCUGGCACGCUGAUGGCGCAUGUAGGUUCUGGAUGAAGAGGAUUCAAUUCGGCACAGAGCAGAAAGGGAAGUUUUACUGUUCGUAUCGUGGAGAAAAAUGGUCAAAUGGAGUGAUGUUGUUCCCUGAAGUAUGCGAAGGGUGUGAAUGUAGAGGCAACAUGAUGAUAUGCUGCGACAUUGGUACUGCUGCAAAUGCCGGGGAAUACGAGGGCUGUACCAAGGUGAGCCGAAAAUGUGAAGUCCGCUACUACAAGAUGGUGAACGGACAGAAGUUGGACUGCUUCUCUGAUCUACCAUUUGACGAGAACUUCUGGCUUAAAUAAAUAUGAUGAAGCCUU